AUGGAUAAAUUGUGUAGGAUCAAAGACUACUUCUCCGGACGCAGUGUGCUGUUGACGGGCGGCACGGGCUUCAUUGGCAUGGCGCUGAUUGAGGGAUUGCUGAGCGCCAGCCCGGAUCUGGGGUGCGUCUUUGUGCUGGUGCGCGAGAAGCGAGGCAUGUCGCCGGAGGAGCGCGUGGCGCGGCUGCUGAGCAGCGAGAUCUUCGCGCACCUGUCCGCCGAGGCGCUGGCCAAGGUGGUGCCGGUGGUCGGCGAGCUGACGGCCGAGAACCUGGGCCUGAGUGCCGCCGUCCUGGCGCAGAUCCGCGACAGCGUGAGUGUCGUGAUCCACAACGCGGGUCUCAUCAAGUUCAAUCGCACUCUGGCCGAGGCUGUGCAGAUGAACGUGCUGAGCACUCUUCGCUGCAUUGAUCUAGCCAAGAGCCUCCGCCAUCUCUCUGCCUUCAUCUACUCAUCUACGGCGUUGUCCAACUCGAAUAUUGCUGGUCGUGUUCGUGAGUUGGUGUACAAGACUAAGCGAAGUCCUCGGGAAAUGAUCAAAUUGUCACUCGAGACACCCUCCAGAUUAAACAAGGUGUUUGAGAUCGGAGAUAACAUGAUGGAAGGGCAUCAGAACUCUUAUACCUACUCUAAGCAGUUGGCGGAGAACCUUAUCCUCGAGGAGAUGGCAGGACUUCCAGCAGGAAUAGUCAGGCCUUCGUUAGUUUAUGGUUUCUACGAUCAUCCGAUUCGUGGUUGGCUAGGCAAUUCGAAGAGUAGUCACUGUGGCUUCAUCAAAGGCUAUAUGAAAGGAGCUCUAAGAUCGUGGUUUGGAGAUGCCAAAUUGAUAAACUGGUGCGUUCCCUGUGAUUACGUCGUGAAAGGAACUCUAGCUUUAGCAGUGUCACUGGGAACGAAACCAGAACCUGAGAGACGCCUUCAAAUCAUUCACACAUCAAAUAAUAAAAGCAUCAAUCCGCUAACCAUGCAAGACUUCUGCAAUGUCAUGAAUGAGGAAUCGUGGAAGAAUCCUUGCGACUCCUACUUAUUCCUGCCCAGAUGCAAACCAAGAGUUGGAUGGAGAGCUGAUCUGUAUCUGAUCCUCAACUACUUGUUCGCCCUGAUGUUCUACAUUCCGGAUCACUUGUUCAAUUUCUCACCUGGAUGGAUAACUGGUCCAAAUAUGAUUGUCCUGCAACACAAGGCUAGCAAAUACUUCGCUGGACUCAGUACUUGUCUCGACGAUCUGGAAAUAACCAACUGUCAGGCUCUGUCGGAAAGUCUGCACAGUGAUGAUCAGAAGGCAUAUUCCUUUGAUAUGGCAAAAGUGAACUGGAAUAGGAUGUUUGGGAGCUGCAUCAGCUGGACUAGGAAAUACUACUACAAGGAUUCCUGCAGCGUAACUUGGAUGCAUAGAAUCGUGCAAGUUGCAUGCCUAACCGUUGAAGCCAUGUGGUACUUCAGUAUCUUCUUCGGCACAACGCUUGCUAUCCUGAUUCUCGGCUUCCUUUUGGAGUACACUUUUCUGUAUGUUCUCCUGGUGGGGCUAACCCUUGGACUAGGCUUCUCCGGAUUCGUUCUAUGGCUAUAA